GGGCGCAUCCACAACUCCCAGUUCAACAAAUAUUCCCUGAAACUCCCAUUCUUGGAGUAUGGAGCCACUUUAGCAAAGUGUGGACACACUAUCCAACUCUUUAGCUUUGCGCGAGAUAAUCGUCACGUGCGAGCUCGUCCGACUACCUGGCUCAACACCGAAAAGCGAAAAUUGGACGGACGCGUUUUCUCUUUCAGGAUCUGUGCAGCUCACGGGGUCGGGGAGUUGGGACCGCUAAAACAUCUCCGUCCGAAAGGGAAACGAGGAGAGGGAUACGCGAGAGAGAGAGAGAGAGAGGACAUGAACGGAAGGGAGGCACAAGAAUCACUAGAAAAGCACAGCUGUAUACACGCGUAAAGCUGUUUUGGACCGUGCGUAAAGACGCCAAACAAAGUAACGUUAAACGGAUACAUGUAAACACUGAUAUUUGAUUUUCCCCUGGACAUGUUUCCGCUGCCGGAGAGCGUUGUUUAGAUUGUGUUGUGGAAAGAGGGUGAUCCUGGCGCUGUGGACAGACUGCUCUGUGUGUCUUUUCUGUAUUGUUUGCUGUGGAUAUUACGGGAAGUUCUCGUUUUUGACGUUUCGCUUCUAGAGGAAACGUUAUAUGCAAAUGCGGUAGGUGAGUCCUGGCUUUGGUUCAUCACCUAAACGGACUUGAAACGCUGUUUUCUUCUUCUUCUUUUUCUUCUUCUUCUCCACAUUGUACACCAAGCUGUGCUGUUCGGUUCACUGAAAUGUGAGACACUGGUGAAGUCGACACAUGACAAACCGCUGCAUCCAGCUGUUUUAUAAGCCACUACUGUAACCUUUCAUUCACGCCUUUUUGGAUUGGAUAUGCUGAGAAAACUUUUUAAGAAUGAAGAGAAGAAAAUUCCCAUAGCGCGUCUCUGUGUUCUGGUUACAUCGCUGCCGUUUGCUGAACUGGAUCUGUUGGAGCGGUGUCAUUGUUUUGGUCUUUCUUAAACCUUCAUCGUUUCCAUGUUGUGGCGACAGCAGAGCUGACAUGCGUCUGGCAUGGGGAUAUAGUGCGGUGACCUACUGUGAUUAACAUACAAUUGCGAAAUUGCCAGAUUAUCGAGCUGAUAGUGAAUGAGUAAAACAUCCAGCGCAGGUAGGGAACCGACCGUAGUGCCUGCGUGUGCGCCGUGAACCGCUGCUUUCAGUCCCGCUUCGAACCAGUUCGAGGACUCGGUUACUUUGUGAGGAGAGAGUCUCCGGAGCCGAUAUGGAGGAGUGGAGACAAUGCGGGCGGUGGUUGAUAGACUGCAAGGUCCUGCCCCCGAACCAUCGGGUCGUAUGGCCCUCGGCGGCCGUCUUCGACUUGGCACAGGCCCUACGAGACGGGGUGCUCUUGUGCCAGAUGUUGCACAACCUCUCGCCUGGAUCAGUGGACCUGAAGGAGAUCAAUUUCAGACCACAGAUGUCACAGUUCCUGUGUUUGAAAAACAUCCGGACAUUCCUCAAGGUUUGCCACGACAAGUUCGGCCUGCGCAACAGCGAGCUGUUUGACCCUUUUGACCUCUUCGAUGUCAGAGACUUCGGCAAGGUAAUCUCCGCUCUGUCAAGGAUCUCCCACCACAGCAUUGCACAGAUCAAAGGCAUCAGGCCAUUUCCAUCAGAGGACACAGCUUUGAAUGAGGAUGACGUGUACCGGAGCCUUGAGGAGCUGGCAGAUGAGCAUGACUUGGGUGAGGAUGACAUCUAUGACUGUGUGCCAUGCGAGGACGAUGGGGAUGACAUCUAUGAGGACAUCAUUAAGGUGGAAGUACGACAACCCAUGAUCAGAUACAUGCAGAAAAUGGGUAUGACAGAAGAUGACAAGAGAAAUUGCUGCUUAGUGGAGAUCCAGGAGACUGAAGCGAAGUACUACAAAACUUUAGAAGACAUUGAGAAGAAUUACAUGAUCCCGUUGAAACAAUUCUUGAGUCCACAGGACAUGGAGACUAUCUUUGUCAAUCUUGAGGAUGUAAUCAAAGUCCACUUUGCCCUCCUGCGAGCCAUCGACCUGAACAUGGUCAGUGGAGGAAGUGGUCUGGGCAAGAUCUUCCUCGACUUCAAGGAAAGGUUGUUGAUCUAUGGUCAGUACUGCAGCCACAUGGAGAACGCUCAGAAGACACUGGAUGAGUUAAUAGCAACGCGAGAGGACAUCAAGAUUAAAGUCGAGGAAUGUACUAUGAAAGUGCAGGAAGGGAAGUUCAAGCUGCAGGAUCUUCUGGUGGUUCCCAUGCAAAGGGUGCUGAAGUAUCACCUACUACUGAAGGAACUAUUGAGUCACUCAACUGACCGACCAGAGAGACAACAACUAAAGGAGGCUCUGGAGGCUAUGCAGGAUCUUGCCAUGUACAUCAACGAAGUCAAGAGGGACAAUGAGACACUGAAGAAAAUCAGCGAAUUCCAAAGUUCAAUAGAAAAUCUUCAGCAGGUGAAACUGGAGGAAUAUGGGAGGCCAAAGAUAGACGGAGAGCUGAAGGUGUGCUCCAUCGUCAACCGAACAAAACAGGACCGGUACAUAUUCCUGUUUGAUAAAGUGGUCAUUGUCUGCAAGAGGAAAGGCUAUAGCUAUGAGCUAAAAGAGAUUAUUGAGCUGCAGUCGUAUAAAAUGUCGGACGACCCCAUGAACAACAGAGACAUGAAGAAGUCGAGUGGAAAAAUGUGGUCUUAUGGUUUCUACCUGAUCCACCUGCAAGGGAAGCAGGGCUUCCAGUUCUUUUGUAAAACUGAGGAGACAAAGAGGAAGUGGAUGGAGCAGUUUGACAUGGCCAUGUCCAACAUCAAGCCAGAAAGAGCCACGGCCAAUCAGCAUAACUUCCAAAUGCACACAUUCGAUAAGAACACCAACUGUCGAGCCUGCAAGAUGCUCCUGAGGGGCAUCUUCUAUCAGGGCUACUACUGCUCUCGCUGUGGAACAGGAGCACACAAAGAGUGUCUGGAAGUCAUCACCAUCUGUAAAAUCAAUCCUCUUGACUUGGAACCUGGAAUCUCAUCAGGGCCCAAGAUGGUUGCAGUGAGGAACUACCACGGCACACCAGCGCCUGUGGGGAAGACGCCUCUCUGCUUUCAAACAGGAGAUUUUAUCGAGCUGCUGAAGGGUGAUCCUGACACCGCAUGGUGGGAGGGGAAGCUGAUACAAACACAAAAGAGUGGUUUCUUCCCCAGUUCUUGUGUCAAACCUUACUUGGACCCAAAGCCCUUCCAGUCAUUAUGUAGCCGGCAACCCUCAAGGGAAGCAGACUACUAUGGAUAUCCUUGGUUUGCAGGGAACAUGGAGCGCCAGCAGGCCGACAACCUUUUAAAAUCCCACAGCAGUGGGACCUACCUUAUCAGAGAGAGGACAGCCGAGGCGGAGAGGUUCGCCAUCAGCAUCAAAUUCAAUGACGAAGUAAAACACAUCAAAGUCAUUGAGAAAGACAGCUGGAUUCACAUCACAGAGGCCAAGAAGUUUGAGAGUCUUUUGGAGCUGGUGGAGUACUAUCAGGCCCAUUCACUGAAAGAAAGCUUCAAGUUAUUAGAUACCACAUUGCGAUACCCCUACAAGUCAAGAGAACGCUCGCUAACUCGGGCUAGUACACGCUCACCAGCAGCCACCUGCGCCUCCUACAACUUCUCCUUCCUCAGUCCGCAGGGCCUCAACUUCUCUUCUCAGAGCUCAGCUCCUUUUUGGUCAGUGUUUACUCCUCGCGUUGUCAGCACAGCAGUGGCCAGGUAUAACUUUGCAGCACGAGACAUGAGAGAGCUGUCUCUGCGAGAAGGAGACAUUGUCAAAAUCUACAGCAAGAUUGGUGGAGACCAGGGAUGGUGGAAAGGAGAGGCCAACGGACGAAUUGGAUGGUUUCCUUCAACCUACGUGGAUGAAGAAGGAGUGCAAUAAGGCAUGGAUGUUUGCCAGCCUGGCUCUCUUUUAAAUCAGGAACCAUCUAACCUUCUAUCUACUGUUCUCAGAGAAAAGUGCUCACUCUCACCAGGAAAAUAACACAAGGAGAAAAAAAAAGAACUUUGUUGUUGUUGUUUUUGCUGGAUACUCAUUUUUCAGCGAGUGUUUCUACCCCGUAUCUUCAAUUAUGCAUCGGCUUUGCUUUUUGUUUGGAUUUGAUUUCUUUUUUUGGAGGAUGUCCUGUUUAAUUUCUGUACAGGAAAGAAGAAGAAGAAAAAAAAAAACUGGCUUGCUGUCUGUCAACCUCUGUGUGCUCUGCAGAGGCUUUACUGAACCGAGGACACAGAAACAGAAACUGACUGUGGAUAGCUUUACUUUGGAAAAAGGCUCCCCUUUGUUGCAGGUCUAUGCGAGGUGAAAUAAUUGUACAGUAUAGAUAAUUUAUUGAAUAGAGAUUAUUAUCAUUACUAAUGAUUAUUGUGGGGAUUUUAGUAAGAGCAAGGAAUCAGGCGAGAAAAACUAAAAUAAGACGAAAAAAAGACAGACGCUCUGUUUUCAUGUUGAGAUUUUGCCUUAGUUGUCAUGGUGAUGCCUUGUGGGCUGACACCAGUGGAAGGAAUCGACUUUGUUGACUGGUUUUACUUCUCCAUGUAUGCAUGUGCCCAUGUGUGGCCCACACAAACAAACACACACAGACCAAUGUACAGUACGGUGCCUUUGAAGAGUGGUCGCUUACUGAACCUCAACAUCAGCCAGUGAAGAGCAUUGCCAUCCCCGAAAAGACAGUUCGUACACGUCCAGAGGACUUUACUAAAGGAGGGGAGAGGCACUUCUGCUCGCCUUCCUAGCCCUCGAAAACAAGAUGGUGAAUCAUUUAACUUAUCCUGACUGGUGACUGGAUGAACUCACAGAGACAGUUGGAGGGUUUUUAUAGCCAUCAACAAUCACAUGCACAGUUCACGUCGAUCUUGGCGUCACAAGUCUAUGGGUGCAAUCAGCUGGAUGCAAAAGGGAAACAUCAAGACAUUCCACUCAACUACAACUUCAUGAUUUUAAAUCGCGGUGUUCAUUGUUUUAUUGUUUGAUUUUUUUUUUUCACAGAAUCAAGAUUAUAUUUAAAAUUUUAAAAACUGGACCAACUUUUUUUUUUGUAUUAUUAUUUGAAGCCAAAUUCAGCCAUGUUUUAAUGUCUGCAUGGAGUCUGAACAACUGUUAUGAUUUUUUUUGUACUUUGCCUUAUUUUUACAGGUGAUCCAGGUGACGGGAUUUUUUUUUUCUCUCUCUUAAUGUUAACCAGUUUUCAUAUGUGAAAUCCAAAUUUGGUGCUGUGCAGACUGGCGAAAAUUAAAUAGUGUCAGAAAAUGUCGAAUCUGAAGGAAAACUUUGUGUGCUAACAGAACGAGCCGUUAAUCAUUUAAUGAUUAUCUGGGGGUGCAGUGCUCAGUGUUUGUCUCUUACUUCCAGUAAUUUCUUUGUUCUAUAAAUACUUUUACAGAUUUGGCAUAUAGAUCAGUUUUCUAUUGAGAGCAUAGAUGUACCAGACACUUUUCUAAUUCUAGUUCUACAGAUAUUAAGAUGUUUGUUGACUUUGUCAGCUUAGCAUUUUCUGAAAUGUUUGCAUUUAAUUUAAUAUGCAGUACUGACUCAAUUGCCUUCAACUUUCAUAUCUUCCACCUACAUAUUUCCAUGUCGAUAUAGAUUGUUUGGCGCUCACAAUGAUUAGUCUUUUCCAACCUUUUAAAAAAAUACUGUCAGCACACAAAGGGGAAGAGGAAAUAAGAAACGCUUGACUAAAAAGGGUAAAUUAUGGAAUAUAAAUAUAAAGUGAACACUAUCUUGUUGCUUCAAAUGGGUGAGAAAAAAAAAAAUCAAUUUGAGCUCAAAGCAUUCAGGCACCCCACUGUGAAGUAAAGAGCAAAGACUGAGCAUGUCAGCUCUGGCUGGUGCACAGAGACUUAUGAAGCAGGAUAUACUGAUAUGUUUAGUUUCUAAACUUUUGACUGUCUAUGAUGUGUGUUAUUGCAAUGGCUGA